AUGAAUUGGUUCAAGCAGCAGUUAGCCAAUGUUGUGGGCACCGAGGAACCUGAAUAUGGCCCCUCCGCAGUCCAACCUGUGACCAAACAGGAAGUGCCCUACUCUAUCCUGUCCAAGGAUGAUUUGCGGUGGAAGGCCAUGGACCACACAAAUGUUGAGACCGAGACGUUUUAUUUCUAUGCUGAUGAUGGGACGACCGCCCUCGCUCAAGUCAUUUACAGCAAUGUUGGUGGACUCCAUACCACCGCGCAGUUCAACAGCAAAAUCUUCGACUACGAAGGCCCAGGAAAACAUCUCUGGUGCUCGGAUCCGCUGAAAGACUACGGCUUCGACGAGCCGAAGACAAGCUUCUACGCCGAUAAUGUGGCUCUGGAAAUGAACGAGGCGGGUGACACGUACACAAUCAAAUCUGCAAGAAAUGACAACUGCAUUGUCAACUUGACCGUUAAAAAAGCGGCGCCGGGGUUUCAAGUCGGUAAAGAUGGCACAACCUACUUUGGCACUGAUCACAAGCAUCCGUGGGGCUCAAUGCGACACGCUUUCUGGCUGCGGUGUACAGUGACCGGCACCAUGCAGACGCCUACUAAGACGUACAACUUGGAGGGUAAAGGCACUUAUAUCUACGCACUUCAAGGAAUGAAGCCACACCACUUGGCAAAUAGGUGGAACUUUGCCAACAUUCAUACAAAGGACUAUUCGGCCAUUCUGAUGGAAUAUACGACACCUGCCUCUUACGGAAAGACUACAGUUGGAGUCGGUGGUAUCGCCAAAGAUGGAGAAUUGAUAUUCGCUGGCGAAUGUACCGCUGAACAUCUCACGUCGAUGCGAGAGACUCCCCACGACUGGCCCGAGCCAAGGACGAUAUUAUGGAAAUGGGACGGACAGAAGGAUGGCAAAGCUGUUCAUGGUGAAAUCAGGGGCGAACUACCAGCCAAAUCAGAUCGGGUGGACGUCCUGGCACAUUUGCCCGGCUUCGUCAAGUCUUUCAUUGGUCAUGCGACUGGCUUGAAGCCACACAUUUUCCAGUAUCUCUCAAAUGAUCAGCUCGAGCUGAAGAUCAAGGUCGGCGAUGAGCCCGAGAUCUCGGAGCCUGGCAAAGUCUUCAGUGAGGCGACGUUUAUCUCAUAA